AUAGAAACUGCAAGAGAUAAACAACACCACAGCAUUUUCUUCCAAGACUAAAAGUUUCCUCACAAGCAAAAAUAAAGAACUAUGUUUAACUGGGGUUCUCAACUGGGGUUCUGUGAGCCCUUGCCAUAAGAUUACACAAUGGUGGGAAAAGUUUUAUCAGACUGGGUACAGAAGACUGGCCUCCAGAGGCUGGGGCUUGCCUGGUGCCCUUCCUAUAAAAGACAGGAACAGAGCUGAGGUCAGUUUGCUAGGAUCUGGCCCCAGGAGGGAAAGGGCAGCUGACCUGUUAGAUUCAGGGGAUGGUGAGGGUCCUGCUGCCUACUGGAAAUAGGGCAAUGGGUGAACCAGUCACCCCCGGAAGAAUGGGGAGUAAAGAGGACUGUCAACCUCUGCAAACCCAGUGACAGGGGAUCUGGGGCCAAGGGACUGAGAAGCCAGCUCCUGAGAGCUGGGGCUUAGAGAGAUACUGUGCAGUGCCCAGAGAGAAGCGGUGGGGGCUGCAACAGUAGGUAGGGGCAUUGGAGGGCUGUGUGUGGGGGCAGCCAGAGAGGUGACUGGAGCACAGAGGCUGCAGUAGCGGACAGGGGAGUUCAGGCAGUAGGUAGGAAGCUUAGGGCGCGGUUGGAGAGGGGGCCGCAGCAGCAGGUAGGGCGCCUGGGACCUGGGAUACCGCCUAACACUCUCCACAGCUUCAAGUAAGGACACACUACGCAAUUUGCGUAACCUCAGCUGUAGACUAGAAGACGGCUCUACAGACAUAGCGUAUUCCCCGCACAGAAGGAGGAGAAUGCUCUGCGCAUUUUGCGUACCAACCGUCAGUAGUCACUUGCCACUGGAGAGAGGACUACACCCCGCAGAAGACGUAAGUGCCUUGCGGAAUAGCCGUAGCUUGUGCCGGUUGUAUAAGCGGGUGGACUUUACUCACAGUGGGCGGGGUCGGUUAUGUUUCGUUGCUGCCCGCCCCUGCCAUGGCUGCUCCAAGCACCACUAGUCUCCUGCGAGCCGCCGCGGCCUCAUCCCGCCGCUGGCUCUUGGCCGCGUCUCGGGGAGCCGCAGGGAGGCCAGGCGGGGACUGCGUUGCUGCCCGUUCACCGGGCCGGUUCUUCGGCGUCUCCGCCCGGGCGCGGCUCAGCUCAGAAGAAGAUAAAGUAACUGUCUACUUCAUAAACCGUGAUGGGGACAAACUAACAGCUGAAGGGAAAGUUGGGGACUCGCUGCUAGAUGUUGUUGUUGAUAAGAAUCUAGACAUAGAUGGAUUUGGUGCAUGUGAAGGAACAUUGGCCUGCUCCACUUGCCACUUAAUCUUUGAAGACCACAUAUUCCAGAAAUUAGAUGCAAUUACUGAUGAGGAAAUGGACAUGCUGGACCUAGCUUAUGGACUGACAGAAACAUCUCGUUUGGGCUGCCAGAUCUGCUUGAAGAAAUUUAUGAACAACAUGACUGUUCGAGUACCUGAAGCUGUUGCUGAUGCUAGACAAUCCAUAGAUAUGAGCAAGAAUUCCUAAAAUAAAACUUGUUAGGAGCUUUUUGUGACAUUUUAAACUAUUUUUAUAACUUAUUUCUGAAUGUUUAAAGUGAACUUGCAUAAUCAUGGGAGUUAUUUUUGACUAUCAGUGUUAAUUCUGUUUUAAUUUUCUUUAUGGAAUCACUUAUUUUAAUUCUUAAAAAGAAGUAAUACUUUUUAACAAGCUGAAGCUGAACUGUAAAAUGUUGACCAAAUUAGACUUGGAGAAGUCAUUAAUGAAUUUAUUUAUGUAAAGAAGUAUUUUUUUUUUCUUUUUCAGCUGUAUUUGAAAACCAGACUUUUUCACUAAAAUAGUGAUUUUUUUUUUUUUAAUAGAUUCAAAACCAUUUGGUUUUUAGGGUUUCAGGCCUAGAAACAUUAGGGUGCUGGACAGAUGACAAAUGUAGCACAGACUGUUUUUCUGUUUAAUUCUCUGUGCAUUUCAUGUGGUGUAGUAGAAACAAGAAUAUCCAAAGAGAGCUAAUUUGCUGGUUGAUGGUAUGGUGCUUUCACAGCAACUGGAAGUGUAAUUAGGAAGACGAGUGGAGCUGGCAUAUCCUAAAUCUGGAAAUCUUGAUAAAAUAUGACACAUACGUUGAGAUAAUGUUUCUGUCCAGUCCAGUCCUGCUGCUGGUAGUGUCUUAAUACCUGAUAAAAGCAAUUUUCUUAUCUUCCCAUUGCCCAUUAUGGGGCUAGAUCCUCCUUUUACUGUGUGCAUAGGAUUAAGCCCUUACUAAAUAUUUGACCCUUUCUAGAUUCCCACCCACCCUAGUAUGGUUUAAAAAAAAAAUCUGAACUCCAUGCUUUUAACCAUCAUUGUAUACCUUUUCAGUUUUCAUGGCAUACAUUAUUAGGGGUGUCAACUACCAUGAAAUAUAAUGGUCAUAUCAUUAGCGUAUAAAGUCAUUUUUAGAUUUGGAUGAAAUCUUUAUUUUGUAUAUAGCUGAACAUUAAUUCACAUUUGACUACUUAAGUAUAGUCAUCAAGUACAGUAUCUGAGCUGUCAACACUGGCCCCUAGAUUUUUUUAUGUGAAAGGGUUAUUCAUGUUUCAUUUAUAUGUGAAAAAGAAUUGCUUCUCUUAACUAUGCAGUACCUAUAACUCAAACUUAAUUUUCUGUCUGUCACCCAGAAUUGACUAAAUCCUUCUACACUUAGAGUGAAUCAACAUCUUUUUACAUACUCAAGGAAUUCCUUCUCUUCUAAGUAUUUCAAAAACACUCAUUCUACUUCUGAUUUCAAGGGUGCUCCUUUACACUACCCAUUUCUUAUUAUACUGAUUCAUGUUACCUAAUCCAUUUUUAAUCUAUGUAGGACUUUACCCCUUAUUCUGUAUGUUCUGGUGAGAGAGCUCAUUUACUUGGAUUUUCAAAAAAAUAUUUGGUUGAGUGGUCUGACGAAACACAGGAGGAGUAUAUUCAUUCUGAAGCCUCAUUGGGACAUAAGCAGAACAAAAAAGAGGUAAAUGAAGGAAAUAUAUUGAAGAUAAAAUAUAAAUAGAUAUUGAGCUCUGUCUUUUCAUCUGAUACUGCUCUGUGAAUAACAUUGUAGGAUGGUGGGAGUGUAAUAUCAGAGAGAGUCCCACUGUCUCCUCUCUGAAUUCUUUAUGUAAUGCAGUACUAUCACUUUAAAUACUUUUAAGAUUUUAUUUUAUUGAAUAGCAGCUCUUUACACUUUGACUAAGAACACACUAGCAAUUCAGGUCACUAGAAUGGUGGUAGUAUAACAAACUGCAUCAUGUGCUGUAGAAAACUGAACUUUUUAGUAGGUUUUAUUUAUGGUGAAAGGCACUUUUCAUUGUGAUGACCUCAAAGCACUUAAACACUGUGAGCUAGAUUCACAAAGGGAUUUAGGUGCCUAACUGACACUUUAGGUGGCUAACUCUGAAAUGUAGGUUCCGCAGGUAGUGAGAAAGUUCUGCUCACCUGCUACCCAACUCUAAAGUGCCUAAAUUCACUUGACACCUACAUUUCUGCAGAAAAAGCUCACUAAGUGUCUGUCUGUGCCUCUGCACAUAUAUACUGCAGCUUUCCAGCAGGCAUCAAGACACCUUUCUCCUACCUAAGCUGCAGUGUGAUGCGCAAACCAGGGGAAGAUAGGCAUUCCUCUGCCGAACUGGCAUGUAGCGCCUGAUCCAGUAGUUUUACUGGAUCGUGCCUUGCAGGCGAGCUCACCUAGUUCCACAUAAGAGGUGGGAGGGGGUGGCAGAGAAGGAGGGCUUCCCUCAAAACUUUUAACCCAAUGGUGAGGAUACUUACCUGGGAGGCAGGAGACCUAAUGGGUGAAAGGUGUGAACAUAAGCCCAUCACUGUCCAACAUUAAACAAUGUUAAACAAGGUCUAUGGUUUCGUAUACAGAGACCUCAGCCUGCUUAGUACCAUGACAAACAUACCAUUAAACAUUCUUUUUAUCUUAAGGAAAAACUAUUAAAGCAUUUGAAAUAUAAAGUAUUAAGUAAAGCUUUCAUUUUAAUCUUUCUUGUUCCUUUUCCCUGGAGAACGUUUUAGACCUUAGAAAGGAAUGGUGCUAGUACUGAUCUCUAUGGGAGGCCAUUGUGCAGACUCUACAUUUUUGCUAACCUGAAUUGAAAGAUCAUGGAACAGUCCAAAAACAUUGACCUAAUGAGUAGAAAUGUCUUGUCACAUUGAAUUAGGUUGGAUAGCAUCAGAAAUGAGUCCUUGUGCAAGAGUUUCAGGCUGAUGACAAGUUGAUAAAAGCUGUGGGCGUUUUAAGCUUCUGCUGGAAGCCAGCCUCAAUGUAUGUAGUCAGUACAAGCACUGGUUCUUAGCAGCUUUGUCCUGCCCUGCAGUGUUUCUUUUCAGGGGGUCUUGCAGGCUCUAGGAUGGGGGUCAGCCUUACCAGUAUCGUCCACUCCAGUAAUUUGUAUUACAUGUUGCAAGAUCAUUUAUGCCAAUGACCUGGCACCACUGACACAGGCUGCAACAUUCAAGGAAGUGAAAUACGUCCUUUUUGCUGCUCUGAAGGGAAUGGAAAAUUUACAUAUGAUCCUCCAGUAUCGAACCCAAUCCAUCAAAAAAUGGUGUCAGCUUUCCAUCUCAGCAGUUCUGAAGCUAUGAAGAUGCAGAAUGUAAAUUGCUGUGGCAAAGUAAUUGCCCAUGAUCCUACCUCCACUACCUCAAAGUCACUCUCAAUCACAGCCUUACCUAUCAACAACAUUUGAAAUAGGUAAGCUAUAAAAUGAAGAGUUGCACCAGUAUCAUGCAAAAGCUAUCUGCUUCUAGCUGGGUUCUUGGAGCUCGAAUGCUAUGAACAGCAACGCUGUUUAUUCCAUGUCCAAGUACUACACACCUAUUAGGGGAGGACAUUUGGAUACAGACCUUGAUACCCAGGUAAAGGGGGCUGGCAUCCUGAAGUCCAUUCUGCCUUGGUUUUAAGUCCUCAUGGACGUCUUCGAACUGUCUGGUGACAGCUGGCUAUGUAGCAUGAGUACGAGAAAGCUCUCACUAACCAAAAGCUGCCGCUUCAUGACAACCUUGUUCACUUGCUUUACGCUUGAUUUAAUGCCACCAACCCAUUCUGGGCAGCUGAAGAAGCUUUUUUUUUUUUUUUUUUUCCACCUAGCUUCAACUCAGAAUACAGCCGGUGCCUGCAAUGGGCAGUGAGUGAUGUAAACAACCAGCACCUCAUAGAUGAUCCCACUGAUGAACUGCCUGGUUUCUUGUUCCACCAAAGACAGUGGAUGACCAUCAACUGUAUUAGGAUGUUCCAUGGAAGAUGUGUGCAUCCUGUGCACAAAUGGAGAAUUGAGGAUUUGCCACAGUGUGAAUGUGAAGACCUCCAAACCAUCAAACAUUGUGAACAGCUGCUUCAUCUUUUCAUUUCCAAGAGCUCUAGGAAAGUUGUACUCUGCAUCUCCUGAAGCCCUUGAAUGAAUUUCUAGCCUUGCUGUGAACUUGUAAAUGUUGCUAUGAAAAAAGUUUUGGAAGGAAACCUCCCCUCCACUUGUUUGACAGUCAGUGUCAAAGAUGGUAAUUGUCUUUUUGUAUAAAAGAGAAGAAGUUAAUGAGCUGGAGCUUGUAGUGGGGUGAUAUUAUCUGAAUCCCUCUUUCUGGCCCAAUCUAGUAAAGAUGUUCCUCAGGAUUAGGAUGCAGAAGGUCAGGGGUCCCAAGAGACAGUAGGGGGUGGCAGCCAGCUCCAGGAGACUGCUCUUCUAUAUUCCCCCUCACCCCAGCCUCUGAAGUCUUUGUGGACCCAAAACAGGAAUGAUGGGAGGAAUAGCCCAUCCCCUCAUUAUUUUGUCCACCUGUGAGGUCUUAAUAUCUGAUGCACCAAUUUUGAUUAGUCAAUUUCCAGUUCCACAUCUUAUCUUUUUACCAAGCAUGAUUUCAACUGAGUCCUUUAAUCGUAUCAAUUUGCCCUUUUAUUUGGUUGAAUUAAUUAGUCUCUCUGCUUCUCUUGCCAUUGUUUAUAACAUUCAUUAGUGAAAGCAACUUGACCUGUUUUCCAUCAUCAUUUGUUAUAGGUUGUUUCAUCUUGUUAACCCACAAUUUGGACAUUAGGCACUCCAAUAAUGAUUUGCCUACAAUUAUGCAAUUUAUUCCAUCCAAAUAGGUAAUAAGGUGGUUGCCCACCCUAGGAUUAUUACCAGCGGUUUGCCUCCAGCCUGCAGAGGACUCCGUUAAGCAGGCUAAUCCUGCUAUUCCCUUGGAAGGACACGGAUACAACCUUCCACUCAAAGGAUUGACAUGCAAACAGCAAGUCUUUGAAAACACAGUAUCAUUUUAUUUAAAGGAAAUAAGCAAUUACAAUAUAUUUAAUAAAGCAAGAAAAGAUAGUCUAUCGGAUAUUCUGGUGUGGGGCUCCCUCAGUCCCUCCUCUGGAAGCUGUUCCACUUUGGAUAGUCAUGGGAGUAGGGAAACUGGCUCCCCUGGGUGAGUGCUCUAACCAUCAGACUAGAAAGUCAUUCUCAUGCUUGCAUAUGUCCACUUGGACAUUCUGGCCCAGUGACUCAAAUUAUUUAUCCAGAGUGGAAAAGCUUUAGCAGCAGCGAUUGAGGCAGCCCCGCAUCAGAAUAUCCUGUAACCCAGUGAUAGGAGACUUACCUAAGAAGUGGCAGAUACUUCUCUGCAAUGGGGGAUGGGGUCCUUCCAUAUCCAAGAUGAAUAUUCUAACCACUAGGUUAAAAAUUAUGAGAGCUCUUCCUCCUCUUCCCCACAAGAGAGUGUGCACAGCUGACAAUCCCAGCAGCUGCAGAUGCCUCCAUCCAGCCUGAAUUUAGGUGUUGAACUCCCUUACCUCAAGGCUUAGGCCACACUCUCUUCACAUUGGCUAGUUUAGGCCGGGUGCUGCUUAGUGUGCUGGCUUUUGUGAAUCGUAUGUUCCCUCCCUUCACUGCAUAGGAAAUCUGUGUGCGUAAUCGGGCACUGUGAAUCCCAAUGAUUUUCCAGGCAUCAAAGAUAUAAGCACGGUGAUGAUCAGUCUUGCAAUGUCUGAGUCCCUUUGUGAAUCUAGCUCUGUAUCACCACACGAAUGUGAAACAACGUCCAACUGUCUUUGGUAUAGAUAGAGUAAGGCUGUUCUAAUGUGUUAGCACUUCACAUGAAGGCCUCCUGCAGUGUGGGGUUGUUUUUUUUUCUUUUAAAUUUUGUAGAAUAUGAUCAUGGGAGGAAUUCAUUCAGCAGAGAAAGGCAAACAGAAACCACAAAGUUCAUUUUGGCUUCUGUGAGUGUCCUAUGUUGUAUAGGAGUGUGGCUCUGAGGAAUUGACGUGUAUUUGAGAAAAUGCAUACAGCUCCUAGCUGUACCUGAUUUCAGUUGUCAAAAAUGAUAUGCAAAUAAAUCUUAUUUUAUACCAAU